GUGAAUUUCUCACGCUCAAACUGUCUAUCUAUAGCCAUCCACUUCAAAUAUCUGCUAUAGGACAUGAAUGUAUGGCUACAGUUGUUGAAAAAUACCUCAAUCCUGACUUAGAAUUUGCAAAAAAGUCUAUCGGAACUACAGGUCAAACAUUUGGUCACUGUCAAGUGUGUUGUUAUCGAAUAGUUCAUUGUUAACUGAAAAUGGGUUUUCGAGGCAUUGGCUUUCUGCUCCAGUGUUACCUGAUGUUGGCAGCGGCCAUGUAUUUUGAUCUUGGAGAGCAGGAGGAAAAAUGCAUCAUUGAGGAGAUUCCUGAAGACAUGCUGGUGACCGGUUAUUUCUUACUGGAGCCUUGGGAUAUGAAGUCAUUCAGCCACUCUCCUCACUUUGGCGUCACGGUGACAGUCAGAGACCCAGGCCAUGAGGUUGUGAUGUCCAAACGCUAUGGCAAAUUUGGUAAAUUCACCUUCACAGCUCACGCCUCUGGUCAGCACUACCUUUGCUUCCAAACAAACUCCACGAGGUUUGCUGUCUUUGCUGGGGAGAGGCUGAAGCUACAUUUGGACGUUCAGAUGGGAGAGCACUCAAUUGACCCCAAGCCUGACAAAACUAAAGACAGCAUGGAGAUACUGGAGAACAGCCUCAGGCACCUCAUUGAUCAGAUGAUGUACAUCACCAGGCAGCAGGAGUACCAGAGGGAGAAGGAGGACGUGUUUCGCCAGAUCAGUGAGGACACCAAUGGUAAAGUGUUGUGGUGGGCCGUGGUGCAGACCUCUAUUCUGCUGUCAGUUGGUUUCUGGCAAAUGAAACGACUCAAAGACUUCUUCAUUGCCAAGAAGCUGGUCUGAUGACGACCUCUGGACUGUCAACACUGUCCCUUACUGCAUGUCUUGCCCAGAAAUAUUACCAAAUUAAAAACUCUCUGAUUGCCAAACAGAUGGUUAUGAGGAUGAAAACUGUGUACUGUACAAAAUAAAAGUGCAAGAACGUUAAAA